UCAACCCACUCAGGACUGAGCCAACCUGUUGAGCGGAUGGUGGGUGUGGGUUUCAGUCUAUCUAGUUUAGAUCUUUACGGGUAGUUCUUUCCCAACCACAUUUCAAACGUCAAUAUUUCACUUUCUUUAUCCUAGAAAAGGCUGCAGUCAGGAUUCCUGUGUACAUGGCUUGCAUCCUCUGUGUGCCUUGUGACUGUGUCAAGUUGUCUUAUAAGGAGUUGGGCUGUUUGGAAAAAAAGUAGGUUAAAUCCACACUGUCAUGAUGAAGGCUUUGGCACUAGUUUUCUCGACACUUUUGUCCCUUGUGUUAGCAGAAGGUCAGCAGACAACAGAGAACGACCCCUUCUCUUUUGAUUAUCACAGACUUCGGGUCGGAGGUCUGAUCUUGGCAGCAGUUCUGUGUUUGAUUGGCAUCACUAUUCUCCUAAGUGGCCACUGCAGAUGCAAAUUCAAUCAGGACAAGAGGAGGAGGACAGGAAGUAACACUCAAGCGAUGCUCAGCGACACAGCAAGGGCCAGUGAAUGCUAAAAACCUGCUGACCUGAACCAGUCAGAAGAGACGUCCACCUUUAUCCCAUGUGCUGGUUUAUCAGAGGAAUCAUUUAUCUUUAAGAUGAGGAACCUGAUACGAAGGUUUUCUGUGUUUUCACUGCCUAUCUGCUCCAGAGGAGGAAGGUGAAAAUCCAUAUACCGUUAUUUUUAUGCCAGAUGUCUUUUUAAUAUCAUUUAAUAUAAAUUGAUUACCAAAAAAUGUAUAAAUAGUUUUUUUUAUCCUGUCAGUAAUUGUAUUAAAUUAUCUUGGAUGUAGGUAUGUAAGGGAAGGCUUUCAAUGUCAUUGUACUGAAUCAGUCUCAUAUGGAAUCCUUUAACCAAAUAUUACUGUAAGUUGUAGUGAAUCCAUCCAAUAUUACACUGUUGCGUUCUGUAGUAGUUUACUGUUCAGACUUGCUUUGGUAUUGAGUAACUAGUUAUAAAAGACAUGAAAAGAUCACGCUAUCAUAUUUACAUUGCAAUAUUGUCAAGUGCUUGAUUUAUUUUCAUUUCCAGACUAUUCAUCACAGACAUGCCAGUAGUAUUAAGAGUUUGUUUUUAUCUGUUUUGUGAAAAAAAGUCAAACAUACACUAAAAUAAACUAAAAGACACAAAACACCUGUA